GUUAUCUGUGGUGCCAUGACUUGAAAAAUAUUGGGGUCGGCAUUGUCGUAUUCGCCGCGAGAUAUUUCAUUGUUAAUAGUGAUCCAACUAAAAUCUUUGUGUUGAUGAGAGCGUGAAAUUUAUACAAAAUGACGCUCACAAAAAUGGACGUGGACCCCGCAAAGGGCGAGGGUUUCCGCCCGUACUACAUUACGAAGAUCGAAGAGCUGCAGUUAGUCGUGGCUGAGAAGUCUCAAAAUCUACGGCGUCUGCAAGCUCAAAGGAAUGAACUGAACGCUAAAGUACGCAUGCUGAGAGAGGAGCUUCAGCUGCUGCAGGAACAAGGUUCGUACGUCGGGGAAGUAGUGAAGCCGAUGGACAAGAAGAAAGUUCUAGUAAAAGUCCAUCCUGAGGGCAAAUUCGUGGUAGAUUUGGAUAAGAAUGUGGACAUCAAUGAUGUCACCGCCAAUUGCCGCGUCGCGCUGCGUAACGAGAGCUACACCCUUCAUAAGAUCUUACCCAACAAAGUUGAUCCUCUGGUCUCCCUCAUGAUGGUCGAAAAGGUCCCAGAUUCGACGUACGAGAUGGUGGGCGGCUUGGAUAAGCAAAUCAAGGAAAUCAAAGAGGUAAUUGAGCUUCCAGUGAAACAUCCCGAGCUGUUUGAUGCGUUAGGUAUUGCGCAGCCUAAAGGUGUGCUUUUGUACGGACCUCCUGGUACUGGAAAGACCUUGCUGGCUCGUGCUGUGGCUCAUCAUACCGAAUGUACUUUCAUCCGAGUAUCUGGUUCUGAGCUGGUACAGAAAUUCAUUGGAGAAGGAAGCCGUAUGGUAAGAGAACUCUUCGUUAUGGCUCGAGAGCAUGCCCCAUCUAUUAUUUUCAUGGAUGAAAUUGAUUCUAUCGGUUCAUCUCGUAUUGAAUCUGGCAGCGGUGGCGAUUCUGAGGUCCAGCGUACCAUGUUGGAGUUGCUAAACCAGCUUGACGGAUUUGAGGCCACUAAAAACAUUAAAGUGAUCAUGGCUACUAACAGGAUUGACAUCCUAGAUCCCGCUUUGCUCCGACCUGGACGUAUUGACAGGAAGAUUGAGUUCCCUCCACCAAACGAGGAGGCUCGCUUGGACAUUCUUAAGAUCCACUCCCGCAAGAUGAACCUGACAAGAGGUAUUAAUCUUCGGAAGAUUGCCGAGCUGAUGCCUGGAGCAUCUGGUGCUGAAGUGAAGGGUGUGUGCACCGAGGCUGGUAUGUACGCGCUCCGUGAGCGCCGAGUCCAUGUCACUCAGGAAGACUUUGAGAUGGCCGUGGCUAAAGUCAUGCAGAAGGACUCGGAGAAGAAUAUGUCUAUUAAGAAACUGUGGAAGUAAAUUGCUAAUGUUUGUAUUUCUAGAAAUUAAACUUAUAUUAUAAUUAA